AUGUACAAGGAAAUGGAUCAAGAACUGGAGUGGCUCGAAGCUCAAAAGAUAGAGAUAAGCGUUGACCUCUUCUCUGCAGCCAAACAACAGCUUCAGUUCCUUGGAGCUGUUGACCGGAACCGGGGGCUCUACGACGGCCUUGCACUUGAAAGAGCCAUCUACAGAUACAAUGCUUACUGGCUUCCUUUGCUCGCUAACUUCACCGAGUCUUCUUCGACCUGCCAAGGGCCAUUAGUCCCUCCUCUUGACUGUGAAUGGGUUUGGCAUUGCCACAGGCUUAAUCCGGUGAGGUACAAGAGUGAUUGUGAGGAACUCUAUGGGAGAGUCCUUGACAAUUCUGGCGUUUUAUCUUCCGUAAAUGGAAGCUGCAAGUUACAAACUGAGAAUCUAUGGAAGAGAUUGUACCCUAUGGAGCCUUAUAACCUUGACUUGGAUAAGGCAAUCUCAGAGCAAGUUCUUGAGAAACGCACCACCAGUUAUGAUCUUGUUUCAGCUGUCAAGAGGCAAUGUCCAUUUUACUACCAGGUUUCAAGAGCUCAUGUAGACAAUGAAGUCUUCCUACAAGAAGCUGUGGCUAGAUACAAAGCGUUUCUUUACUUGAUCAAGAGAAACAGAGACAAGUCCAUUAAGCUUUUCUGUGUUCCCACUUACGAUAUAGAUCUUAUCUGGCACACACACCAGCUCCACGCUGUCUCUUACUGCAAGGACUUGACCAAGAUGAUUGGUAAUGUCUUGGAGCAUGAUGACACAGACUCUGACCGUAGCAAAGGUACGAAGCUUGACACUGGUUUCUCUCGAACUACUUCUCUGUGGGAGGAAACAUUUGGCCGAAGGUAUUGGAAAGCCGGCGCUAUGAACCGAGGUAAUACCCCAAAGCCAGUCACAACUUCUCCUUCUCUUUUCUUGGGAGACAAGUUAACUUUUAAAGAGGAUGCAAUCAAGUUUCCAGAGGUGAAGAAAGUCAUUGAGGUUGUCUUGGAGAUUGUUGGAGUCAAGAACCUUCCACACACUCAUAAAGGAAUUAAUGUCCUUGUUGUGUUCAGCAAAACACAACCUGAUUCUCUGUUUAGCCCUGAUCAGCGUAAGCUUACGGUUUUAUCUGAGUCUUGUGGUGGUGAAAAGCAAGUUUCUAUGUUCAAAUGUGAACCUAGAGGAGACCUUAGUUUCCAACUAAUAAUGUCUUCUAAGUCUAAAACCUUAUUAUUAGGUUCUGCUUCUUUGUCGCUUUCUGAGUUUCUGUCUCCACUUACUAGACUCUCUGUUGACAAGUGGCUGGAGUUAACAACACCAGUUCAAAGGGGAAAGCCCAUCUCUCUACGAGUUGCUCUCUCCUUCACUCCACCAACUCCUAGCCCGACAGUUCUACACUUGCUUCAAGCAAGACCAUCUCUGAAUGACUCUAGUUUCACACGUGUAGUUGUUGAUGAGACAGAAACAGAAGUGAUCAGUCUCCAUAUGAAUGCAAGACAAGUGACUGGUGUGAAAGAGAGUGGUGAAACUCUUGUUCUGGCAGAGCAUGAUGGGUGUGUCUGGUCUUUACUUGACUCAAAAUGGUCACUUAUUAAGCAAACAAGCUGUCCUGAUGGUCCUGUGUUUGAGAUUUUUGGUGUGAGAAUGGUGAAAGUUUAUUGUGGAAGGAAGCUUGAGUAUGAGACAAAACAUUGCACAAAGCUAAGAAGUGAGCAAGAUUUCAUGACAGCUGUUGAGUUCUCAAAGCAGCAUCCUUAUGGUAAAGCUGUGGGGUUGCUAGACUUGAAGUUUGGUUCUUUUGAGGCUAAUGAGAAAUGGUUGGUUUUGCCUGGAUUAGUAUCUGCUUUCAUACUCAAUGAUCUUCUUAAGAAGGAAGGUUUUUUUGGAGCAGAAAAAAACAAAGUGAAAGGUAAUGGAACAACUGUGAAUCUAGAAGAAGAAACAAUGAUGCAUGUGAACCGUAAUGGCGGUGCUAGGUGCUUGUCCAUGGUUGAAGAAGGUGGUGGUCAUUGUGGAGGUUGUGGUGGUUGUGGAGGAUCAUGUGGCGGUGGCAGUGGGUGCGGAGGAGGCGGUGGAAGAUGUGGUAAUAUGAUGAUGACCAACGAAAAUGUUACCACAGGUGGUGGGACCUGCACUGGCGGUUCCACUGGCUGCGGUGGGUGCGGUGGUGGAGGAUGUAGUAAUAUGAUGACCAAUGAAAAUGUUCCUUCGUUGGUAGCAGCAACAGAAGCUCCUAUGGACGCAGUUACAGCUUGA